AACCCUAAUCCCAUCCCCCUCUCCUCUUAUACGCCUGCUGGCCCUUCCUCUCAAAACACCUUUGACGAUGAUGAUCCCGACGCCGAGUAUGAGGACGAGGAGGCUGAGGACGAGGGCGGCGAUUCAAAGCAGCCGCCUUUCAAGUUUCACCGGAUCUGGCCAGAAUCCGACGAGAUCCGCUUCUUGCAGGGUCUUCUUGGCUGCUGGUCUCAAGGCUUGGUCUUCCCCCGGGAUCUCAACAUCUUCUACGAUCGUUUUUCGGAGUCUAUGUCGCAGCCCUACACCCGCUCACAGCUAUCCGAGAAGCUGAGACGGCUAAGGAAGAAGUACAGGACUAUGGCCGGGCGUAUCGCGCGUGGGCAGGAUCCGUCCCGACUCUCCCAGCACGAUCGAGACCUAUUACAUCUUUCUACCCGUCUUUGGGAUCCUUCCAAUGCUUCCACGUCCCCAUUCUCCGCCCCCGAUGCUGUCGCAGCGGGAAGCGCUGGCAAUAAGCGCCGCCGGCCUAACCCUAGGGCCCCGACUAGCAGGGCCCGAGCCUCAUCUUCACCUCAUCAGGUUAUCGUUGCUUUGGAAAGCGCUCUUUUGCCACCUCCAAAUCCUCCCCUAGCCCUUCCUUCUACUUCUCCUGUUGCCUACAAAAAAGAAUGCAUGGAUCCUCUUCCUUCUAUUGGACACAAUGGAUCCAUAGAUGGUGCUAAUUUUGCUGCAUCUCCAGAGGAAAUCCCCAAGAACAAGCUACCUACUCCCCCAAUAAGUAGUUCUGUGGACCCUAAGAGGUCGGGAGCUAAGCAUCUAGCCAUCAAGUCAGUAUUGGAUGUGCUUGAUGUGGCGUUAAAUGAGGUGCGUUCUACGCUUGCUAACCAAGGGAUUAUUUCAUCCAAUGGUACUUCGGAACAAGGGUUGGAGAUGAAGGGCAUGUCAAAAAGAUGGCAAGCGCAUCGGCUUGCAGAGCUGGAUUUAUUAGCCCAGAGGUGGAGGUUGGUUGUUGAAGAGAAAGCAACGCAGAUAUGAUAUUGCAAGUUCUGUCCUUUACUCCGAGUUUGAUUGAACUCCAUCCCUUUUUAAUUUCGUUUUUAUACCUUUACUUCCUGUUAUGUAUAUUUUUCGCUACUCGGUGUUUGUAAUACCAGAUCUACUUACUCUUAUAUGAACGCUUGGGAUAGACUGGAAUCUGUAGUAAAUUAUGCUGUUGUGCAUCAAGCCUGACUUACAUUAUGUUUUGCUUCACUUUAUGUUACUAUAUGUUUUCUUUUUUCUGACU